AUGGCCCACAUUAACGACCAAGAAACCAUUAACGCCCAAGAAGAACAAAACCGACUGCUCACUCGAUAUGAGCCAGGUCGUUUUGUAGAGACAGCGGGUUUCAGAGAAGCCGGAGCAUUUGGUCUCACUGUUUCUGCACACGACUCCCAUACCAAAUCCGGAGUCGUUAUCAAGUAUCAGAAAAGUUUGUUCGCGUUCAAACGGGAAUUUGAAGUUUUCCGAAGAAUGAGAGGAGAUCUUCAUUUUCCUAAUUUGAUUGAGUAUUAUGGCAAAGUGGACCCUACACAUGGCAUGCUUUACUGUCUUGCUAUGACCAAUGAAGGCGUAUCAAUUCACAACCUCACACGCGGAACAGCCACCCGUUGGUCGAAUGGGAACUGUGUCCGACUGAUGCAUCAACUUGUGAAAGCUGUCGAGGCACUCCACAACGUGGGCUAUUGUCAUCGAGACAUUCAUCCCGGAAAUGUUUUGCUCAAGCGGGAAUCUGGUGGACUUCUCACAGUCAAACUUAUUGAUUUCGGAGUAGCAGAAAACCUCUAUCCACCGCCCCAUCCGGCUUAUGAUUGGUCUUCGUGGCAGGCUAGUUUACAAAUUUGCCAGGGAAUGCCAUACACCUGCUUCGACGAUUUAACCUCCGCAGUUUUCAUACUGUUCAAGGUUAUCAACAUAGAUCCAUUCGGAGCCAGAAGACACUGGAAGGAGAAUAAGGAAUUAUUCGACCAGAAUCCACUUUCCUGGUUCGAAGAAGACACUAUGUGGAUCGCCGAGAUUUAUGGCGAAAUUCAAAAGCAAAGGAGCCAUGGAGUCGACUACUCGGGUCUGUUCAGAAUGCUUGGAAUUUCUGUUCCGGGAAUCCCCCCACUUUCGCCAAUGGAAUAUGAAAUGACUGGAAAUCAAAUUUCAAUCUUGUAA